AUUAACGGCAGCAGUCAUCGCCGACGUGAAAAGACUUCGUAUCAACAGCCACAAAACUUGUGAACAGUGCUGCAGACAUCAUGGCCAUAAAUAAUGACAUUAAAAAUACAGUGAUAAAGCUAGGAGAGAAGUUGAGAGAACUUGCUAGCUACAAAGUGGACUACAUUAGCAUAGCAAAAGACCUAGUCAACCAGACACGCAAUCUAGGCAACAAGUCAACAGAGUGGAGAACUAGGUCAAGGGCAGCUGAGCAGAAGGUAACUUUAAUCCAGUAUCAAGUUCAUAGUCUUUUUAAAGAUACUAAUGAGACUUUAAUUAUAGUUAAAGACUGUGAUGUCAAGAUAGCAGGAUCGAAACAAAAAUGUUUGGACUCCAGAGCCAGAGCUGAGCAGAAGAGCCAGAGCCAACGCCAGAGCCAGUGCCAGAGCCAGUGCCAGAGCCAGUGCCAGAGCCAAA